AUGGACAUAGUCCCGAAUAACUUUCAAAGGUAUCCAAUGAAACUGUAUGUACAAGAUAUCUUUCGUGCAAAACGGAGUGAACACAACAAAUAUUUUUAUGAAUUAUUCGGACUCUCUUUCAAGAAUAUCAUGGUCCACGGUGUUGUUACAACGUUGUAUAAUAAGACUAAUAAUUCUACAAACUUAGAAUUGAGCGAUGGAACUGGAACUGUACAAAUAUAUUACGAUUGGGGUAAACGCAACAAAAACGUGUCCAAAGAAAUGAUGAAGAGUUUGCAUAGAGAUUUUGUUGAACAAUUGCGAUAUGGCGAUAGUAAUUUAGACAUUAAAUCCAAAAUGAUGACUGCUAUAUCAGAAACAAAGCAGGAACCAGCUAAUUUUGAUGUCGGUUCACAUCUGUGUGUUAUUGGGGAUGUUUUUAUAGAUGGUCUUACAGGAACUAGGAUGAUGUCAGCCUACGAGUGUACUGUUACUAAUGUAGAACGAGAUAUUGUAUGGUUAGAAGAAUUGAGGUAUCUGUAUGAAAAGUUCUAUUUACGGUCCAAGGAAUAAAGUUUAAAAUUAUUUAAAUGUCAUAUAAUUCCAUUCAUAGAACUUAUUUCAGAAUUUUAUACGGGAUCAACUAACCCAUUUCCUUAAUUCUUUUUAUGAUACAAAGUGAAGUGUAUCUGGUGAUAGUGACACACCUGACCCGUAGCAGAUCCGUUGAAGUAUCACUAAUAGCUUUAAAUCGCAACGUCUGAGGGGCACCAUGUGCCUGUAAUUUCGCCAGCUCCCUAACGCUUCAAAAUCGGAACACAUUAAUGCUUGGCGACUGAAAUAAGUAAGGUGGUUCUAACACUGAAUAAAAUCAAAAUUAAAUGCAAAGUUUUUUAUUGUAUCUUUAAAAACUAUGAUCAAUAAGAAUGUAGAUGCUAGAAAGCACCAGGAAACUCUCUUUAAUAUUCACUUUAUUAUUUACACUUAGGUUAGGUUUCAAUUUCUAUCUAUCUAACUUUAU